UGGGACAUUUAAAUUGUAUAAGUCGUUGAACGGCAGAUUUGCUGGAAUUUUAUUAUUUAAUGUUUUAUUUUUUUAUUUCAUCCAUUUUACGCAAAGUUUCAAAUCAAUUUUUACUGGGUUUGUUUGUCGCCUACGACCUUGCCACGAAAGCCAAAUCAUCAUCGUGUUGGUAAAUAAGUUAGUAGCUGACACUGGCAGAAUAGUAUAGUAUAGUAUAUAGUUAGUAUAGAAUGUAUCAGUCCCAGAAGAAUAUGGAAAACAACGAGAACGUUUCUCGUCACAUGGCACGGAAAUUGCGAGUUGCACGCCGCCGCAAACCAUUGGCGACACUGACGAACUUGCAGUACGAACAACAACAGGUUCACCGGGCUAUAGAAAAGUACCAAAAUGUUGAGAGAAACAAGGUUAAAGUUACUGACAGUGACACUGAAUUGUUGGAUAUGACAUUUGAUUCUUGUUACUCAGAAGAACAUCUUGAAAGCAGCCACUCACAUUCAGGUACCGAUGAGAUUUUUUCGACUGGCCAGCAAACAGUGGCGUCCUACAUUUACAAAGCUGAUGUCAGAGAGUAUUUGCAGGAUAAAGAGGCAAUAAAUCGACCGCGACCUGAUUACAUGAGCAGGCAAGUAGAUUUGACACACAAAAUGCGAGCAACGCUGAUUGAUUGGAUGGUUGAUGUGACCGAGGAGUUCCAGAUGCCCACAGAGGUCAUCCACUUGGCGACCAACUACCUUGACAGGUUCCUGUCCCUUAUGGCAGUCAACAGACAAAGACUGCAACUGCUCGGCACUGCAUGCCUCCUCAUUGCUUCGAAGCUGGAGGACUUUCAGACGCUUCCAUCCUUACAACAGCUCAUCUACUUGACUGACAACGCCUGCACUAGCAACGAUGUGAUAAGGAUGGAGCAGUUAGUCUUCAGAACACUGAAGUUUGAUGUGUCACCAACGACCAGCAUGGCCCUAUGCAAGCAUUUCCUCGAGAGCACAGACAUACACCAUGAUCAACCACUCCUGCCGCACAUUGCAAUGUACUUGGCUGAUUGUACAUUGUUGGAUGGUGAUCAAUUCCUGAAGUAUCUACCGAGUCAGAUUGCGUCAUCGUGCAUCUGUGUGAGCAGGAUACUACUGCGACUCGAGCCAUGGACGGAUGAUCUAGCCAGGAUGACUGGUUACAGCGUGGAUGAUGUGAGUGCAUGUGCCAACGACAUCAUCCACAUGUACAAACACCUGCAGACCUCCGGCUUGCAAGCUAUCAAGAACAAAUACUCGACAGCAAGGUACGGUUAUGUUGGGAAGUUGAAGAUAACUGGCCAAUGACAGUUGAGUCCCUGCAUUAUGUAUUUGCUAGCCACUGUCUGCCUCUUUCGCCUUCCAUACUCUGUACCAUAUCUUUAUAUGUAUGAUUUGUAAAGUAAUAAAAAUAAAAUAAUAAAAAAGAAUAAUUGUGAAUUAAUGAUUGUGACAAUGAGAGGAAAGUGAUGAAUUGGUCUUUUCGUGUUUAACGCAUUUGUACAUAAAACAUGAUAUUCUGUGGCAGGCGUCUGUUUCUAUGUUUUGCUGUUCGAUCCUACGCUUCUAUGACAGAUAUUCUUGUUUUGUUUUUUUAUAAUUUAUAGUUUUCUAACAUUGUUUUAAUUAUAUUUUUAAAUUUUAUAUGUAAUGUUUUCAUUUGUAUUUUAAUUUGUUUUUAACACGUAAUCAAACAUGUAAUUUAUUUAAUGGGCUAUUUUAUUAACGAUAAGUUUCAAUGAUUUGAACUUUUAUCUAACAUGAUUCAUGGAUAUCAAGCAAAUAUAAAUCACGGUCGAUUUGAUUAAAAGCUGCCAUAUGAAUAAACUGUACAGUUGUUUCAUUCGUUCA